UGCAGGUUUACUCCCGGAGGAUUUGUUGAAAAGGAACAUAAAGGACAGUCUCAGCCUGACCAUUCAGUCAAACAAGGUGGCAUGAAAGGGGCAGACAUGCAAAGAAAUAUCCAGGAUCAUCUUACAAGGCAAAGGGAAGUGAUCAGGUGUAGACUGAAGAAAUUGACCGGCAAGCAAAAUGAAAUCAAAUUAAAGUCGUCUGCGAUGAGGGAGAGUAUAGUGAAGAAGUAUGAAGAGAUGCAAAAGGUUCUAGAGGAGGAUUGCAGGAUCUCCAUGUCCUUGCUGGAGAUGGAGGAGAUGGCGGCGCUACGAGCACUGGACAAGCUCAUUCAGACAAACCAUGGAAUCCUCAGAGACAUUGAGGUCCAGCUGAAUGAAGCCAUGGCAGACAAUCACUCUCAGCCUGGUGAAAUGGUCACAAUGAAUGAGGAAAGGAUGCUGGAAUUGCUAACAGCAACGGACCCAGGUCUCAUAAAACUUGAUGAGGUGAAAUCAGAUCAGCUACUGGGCCUCACCAACAAUUUACUACUGUUUAUCCGCUCCCAGAUCCCUGUGGCCAAGAGGCUGCUGAAGAGCUAUUCCUCAGAAGUGGUCCUGGACCCUUCCACUGCUCAUCCCAAGUUAAUCGUUUCAUCUAACGGAGACUGCGCCACUUUCACAGAUGAAUGGCAAGACGUCCCUGAGCAUGAGGGACGCUUCGACACCACUCUGAAUGUCUUGAGCAUCCAGUGCUGGAACUCUGGCCACCAUUAUUGGGAAAUUGAUGUGAGCGGAAAGAUCUACUGGGAGUUGGGUCUCACUUAUUCAUCUAUCCCAAGAAGAGGCCAAAAGGAGGACUGCUGGUUGGGCCGCCAUACUGAAUCUUGGUGUCUGGAGUAUUUUGAUGGAGACUACAAUGCAUGGCACGGAGGUAUAUCUCAUCCUUUGCCAAUCUCCAAGUGCUUCCAUCGGAUAGGGAUCUUCUGCAGCUUUCCUGGAGGUUUGGUGACAUUUUUAGCGGUGGAUAGUAUGACACCGCUGUACUCAUUCUGUGCUGGGACAUUUAAAGAUGCUUUAUACUUGGCUCUUUGUCCUGGUCAUGAUCUUCAGGGUACAAACUCAAAACCUAUUAAAAUCUGUCAAUUCUAAUCAUCUUUAACUUAAAGUUGUUUGUGAUUGCAAACUUUUAGGUGCGCAGUACAUUUGUUAGUUUGUCUUGCAACACAUAAA